AGGUAGAAAGUGUGUGUGAGCUGAUGUGAGCAGCAUGGAUCAGUGUGAGGACAGAGAGGAGGGAGUCCCUCCCUCUAAAAGCACUCUGUGUGGGGAACAUGAGAGCCAGACCAAAGCUGAGAGGAAGAAACGAGGAACUAAACGCAAACAUGAACCUGAACCCAGCUGUGUCUCCUUAAAGAGUGAUCGGUCUAAAGCUGACAUUAUUGAUUUUAAAGUCCAGCCUCUGUCUGCUGCAGUGAGACUGGACCAGCAGAGCUCAGAGACUCCCAGUAGUCAGUCUACCCAGCAGCAUCAAACACAGCUGGACUCCAUAUUUAUGCUACUGCAGGACAACAUCAUCACUUUUGUGAAGAAUGAACUGAAGAAGAUUCAAAAAGUUGUCAGUACAGAUUUUCCGAAAUACUUGGAGGGUCAGAGAACUGUUGAGGAGCAAGAGGGUGAGGAUGAGGAGCAGAGGAGGAGCAGCAGAGAGGCAUUUGUGAAGAUCACACUGGACUUUUUAAGGAGAAUGAAGCAGGAUGAGCUAGCUGACCUUCUGCACAAAAAAACUUCAAAUAGAGACGUCUAUUGGAGUGAGGGUAAACUUAAAUCUACACUAAAGAAGAAGUUCCAGUGUGUGUUUGAGGGGAUCGCUAAAGCAGGAAGCCCAACCCUAUUGAAUCACAUCUACACAGAGCUCUACAUCACAGAGGGAGGAACUGCAGAUGUCAAUGAUGAACAUGAGGUCAGACAGAUUGAAAUGGCCUUCAGGAAACCAGACAGACCAGAAACAACAAUCAGACAAGAAGACAUCUUUAAAGCCUCACCUGGAAGAGAUGAACCAAUCAGAACAGUGCUGACAAAGGGAGUGGCUGGCAUUGGGAAAACAGUCUUAACACAGAAAUACACCCUGGACUGGGCUGAAGACAAAGCCAACCAGGACAUCCAGUUCAUAUUUCCAUUCACUUUCAGAGAGCUGAAUGUGCUGAAAGAGGAGAAGUUCAGCUUGGUGGAACUUGUUCAUCACUUCUUUACUGAAACCAAAGAAGCAGAAAUCUGCAGCUUUGAAGACGUCCAGGUUGUGUUCAUCUUUGAUGGUCUGGAUGAGUGUCGACUUCCUCUGGACUUCCACAAAACUACAAUUAUAACUGACCCUAGAAAGUCCACCUCAGUGGAUGUGCUGCUGAUAAACCUCAUCAGGGGCAAGCUGCUUCCCUCUGCUCGCGUCUGGAUAACCACAAGACCUGCAGCAGCCAAUCAGAUUCCUCCUGAGUGUGUUGGUAUGGUGACAGAAAUCAGAGGGUUUGCUGACCCACAGAAAGAGGAGUACUUCAGGAAGAGAUUCAGAGAUAAGAAGGAGGCCAGCAGGAUCAUCUCCCACAUUAAGACAUCACGAAGCCUCCAUAUCAUGUGCCACAUCCCAGUCUUCUGCUGGAUCACUGCUACAGUUCUGGAGGAUGUGCUGAAAACCAGAGAGGAAGGACAGCUGCCCAAGACCCUGACUGAGAUGUACACCCACUUCCUCGUGGUACAGGCCAAGGUGAAGAAGAUCAAAUAUGAUGGAGGAGCUGAGACAGAUCCACACUGGAGUCCGGAGAGCAGGAAGAUGAUUGAGUCUCUGGGAAAACUGGCUUUUGAUCAGCUGCAGAAAGGAAACCUGAUCUUCUAUGAAUCAGACCUGACACAGUAUGUCAUUGAUAUCAGAGCAGCCUCAGUGUACUCAGGGGUGUUCACACAGAUCUUUAAAGAGGAGAGACGACUGUACCAGAAAAGACUGUUCUCCUUCAUCCAUCUGAGUGUUCAAGAGUUUCUGGCUGCUCUUCAUGUCCAUCUGACCUUCAUCAACUCUGGAGUCAAUCUGCUGGAAGAACAGCAAACAACCUCCCAGACACAUGAAACAAGAGAAUCUGCAGAGACACACUUCUACCAGAGUUCUGUGGACAAGGCCUUACAGAGUCCAAGUGGACACCUGGACUUGCUUGUCCGAUUCCUCCUUGGUCUUUCACUGCAGACCAAUCAGACUCUCCUACAAGGUUUACUGACAAAGACAGGAAAUAGUUCACAGAACAAUCAGGAAACUGUCCAGUACAUUAAGAAGAAGAUCAAUGACAGUCUGUCUGUAGAGCAAAGUAUCAGUCUGUUUCACUGUCUGAAUGAACUGAAUGAUCGUUCUCUAGUGGAGGAGAUCCAACAGUCCAUGAGUUCAGGAAGUCUCUCCGCAGACAAACUGUCUCCUGCUCAGUGGUCAGCUCUGGUCUUCGUCUUACUGUCAUCAGAAAAAGAUCUGGAUGUGUUUGACCUGAAGAAAUACUCUGCUUCAGAGGAGGCUUUUCUGAGGCUGCUGCCAGUGGUCAACGUCUCCAACAAAGCUCUACUAAGUGGCUGCAACCUCUCAGACAGAAGCUGUAAGGCUCUGUCCUCAAUUCUGACCUCCCCGUCCUCUAGUCUGAUGGAGCUGGACCUGAGUAACAAUGAUCUGCGAGAUUUAGGAGCGAAACUUCUGUCUGCAGGACUGGAGAGUCCAUAUUGUACACUGGAAACUCUCAGUCUAUCAGGCUGUCUGAUCACAGAGGAAGGCUGUACUUCUCUGGCUUCAGCUUUGAGCUCCAACCCCUCCCAUCUGAGAGAGCUGGACCUGAGCUACAAUCAUCCAGGAGACUCAGUCCAGAGUUUGUUGGCUGGACUGAAGGAUCCACAUUGGAGACUAGACACUCUCAGGGUGGAGCCUGCUGGAGUCCGAUGGUUGAGACCAGGUCUGAGGAAAUAUUCCUGUCAACUCACAGUCGACACAAACACAGUACACACAAAACUCCAACUGUCUGAGAACAACAGGAUGGUGGCACAUGUGGAGGAGGUUCAGUCAUUUCCUGAUCAUCCAGACAGAUUUGAUUACUGGCCUCAGCUGCUGUGUGAAAAUGGUCUGACUGGUCGCUGUUACUGGGAGGUCGAGUGGAAAGGAGGGGUUUAUAUGUCAGUGAGUUACAGAAGAAUCAGAAGGAAAGGAGACAGUAAAGAUUGUUGGUUUGGAUACAAUGAUCAGUCCUGGAGCCUGAUCUGCUACGAUGAUGGUCCUCAUUCUGUCUGGCACAAUAACAGAGGAACAUCCAUCUCCUCCUCCUCCUCCUCUGUCUCUAACAGAGUAGCGGUGUAUGUGGACGUUCCUGCCGGCACUCUGUCCUUCUACAGAGUCUCCUCUGACACUCUGAUUCAUAUUCACACCUUCAGCACCACAUUCACUGAAACUCUUUAUCCUGGGUUUAGAUUCAGGUAUCUUGGUUCCUCAGUGUCCCUGUCCUGAGUUGAGUUUAACGAGUGUCCUCCUGUUAGAGAAACACUCUUGACUGUUGAACAGAUAGUUCAGUCUGUACAUGUCUCUCUUUCACUCAGAAACACGUUUUCAGAUUCAUGGAUUCAAUCAAUUGAUGUUUGAAGCUGUUCUAAAUGAUUCCUUGUAAACUUUUUUCUCUUCAGUCCUUUAAAGAUGGAAGCUCCCAUUAUUCCAGGAUCCACAUGUUGUUUUUCUGUCUUUUUACACUCAAAGCUUCAGAGUGAAUAUCAAUAUGUUGUUUUUCUCUGAAGCUCAGUUCACAACUAUCUCCUCUGCAUUUUCAACAAGUCUGCACUCCUUAAAAUGACUACGAAUGUUUGAUUUAUCUUUCUUAAUGGGAUGUUUCCAAACUCUCCAAAUCUCUUACUCAUUGUUGGAAGCUCAUCAUUUCAAAAUGUUU